AUGUGUGUGUCUUUCUCUCUGCAGUACACUGGUCCGAUCCCGGCCGAGCGAGGGGGCGUGGCCAUGGGCGGAGGUCGCAGCGAGACCUCGGCGCUGAGCGGGACGGGAGGGGGGCGGGGCAUCACCACUACCCAGAAUUCACAGCGACCCAAUGCCUGCUGCUUCUGUUGGUGCUGCUGCUGCAGCUGCUCAUGGAAUGAAGAGGAGAGGAGGAAGAGGAGGAGGAGGAAGAGGAUAUCACAGGACACCAAGAUGGAAACCAUACCAAACUGUGAAGCUUGCACCAAACCCUCAAUGGAGGAGAUCCGGCUCUGGUCCCAGUCCUUCGACAAGCUCAUGAGAAAUCCGGCAGGUCGGAAUGUUUUCCGGGAGUUUCUUCGGACGGAGUACAGUGAGGAGAAUAUGCUGUUCUGGCUCGCCUGCGAAGACCUCAAACAGGAAAUCAACAAGAGCGCCAUUGAGGAGAAAGCGCGCUCCAUUUACGAGGACUACAUUUCCAUUUUGUCGCCCAAAGAGGUGAGUCUGGAUGCCCGGGUGCGAGAGGUGAUCAACAAGAAGAUGCAGGACCCGACGCCUCACACAUUUGAAGAUGCCCAGCUGCAGAUCUACACACUGAUGCACAGGGACUCCUACCCACGAUUCCUCUCCUCCAACAUCUACAAGACCCUUGUCCACGCGGUUCACGCACCUCCUCCGAGUCCUAGUCCCACACUGCCUCCACCUCCUCUGAAUUCUAGUCCCACACUGCACCCACCUCCUCCAAGUUCUAGUCCCACACUGCCUCCACCUCCUCCGAAUUCUAGUCCCACACUGCACCCACCUCCUCCAAGUUCUAGUCCCACACUGCCUCCACCUCCUCCGAAUUCUAGUCCCACACUGCCUCCACCUCCUCUGAAUUCUAGUCCCACACUGCACCCACCUCCUCCGACUCCUAGUCCCACACUGCCUCCACCUCCUCCGAGUCCAGUUUGACUAAUCCAGACUUUUCUUCUAUAGAUCCAAUAUUCACUAAGAUUUUCCUUCUCUAAUCACUUUUUCCCUCCCUCAUCCAUCUGAUCUUUUCUUAUUUUUUCGUUUCUCUCACUUCUGGUUCAUCUUGUUCUCUUUACAUCAAACGCCACAAAAGUAUGACAUAGACUUCCAAAGUUAAAUUAUUGAAAUCUAAAUAGAUUAAUAGCUCCAAUUACCAUGUUUGUUUGUUUGUUUUUUUAGCAAAUUUGUCGGGCAGUAAUUAUGGAAAAAAUAAGAAAAAGCAAUUUAAAAUUUAAGACAUUUGGGCAAUUAUAUGUUCUUGUUCACCAUUUUACACCAUAGAAACUUUAUACUACAAAAAAAAUUACCAAGAUUAUAAAAAACUAAAUCCUGUAGUUAGCACUUUUCAUAGCAGCUCAGUAAUAAUAAGGUAAUAUAAAUUUAUGAAACAGGUCAGAAAAGACAAUUAAAGAUUUAGAAGUGUUAACCCUGUAAAACCUGAACCAUUAAAUCAUUGACAGAAAAUUCCAGUUCUUUGAAACUGGAGCCUUUAUUGGUCCUU